AAAAUUCAAAAAUCACCAACUGCCUCUGUCUUUCCCGGAAAAAUGAUGUUUGAUGAUCCGCAAGAACCGGAUAUCUCCUUCGCCGCCGAUCAUUAUCCCGAUCAAGAACAGGAGAAUAUCCAAUGCUCUCAAGGCCACCGCACCACCUUAUCCAUUCGCACCCAACAAGGCGGCUCCAUCUGCCUCCUCUGCCUCUCUAACCUCAUCUCCAACCCACGCGCUCCCACUCUCCAUGUCUCCUACGUUCUCUCCCAACUCUCCGACGCCCUUUCUCAACCCCUUUUCCUCACCUCCCUCCUUUCCUUCCACCCUCACUUCCUCAUCUCCCCUCUCCUCCACGCGCUCUCUUCCUUCGACGAUGAUCCCAUCGCUCAACAACUCAUUGAUAUAAUCUCCGCUUUUUGCGCUUCUGCUAGUGAUUCUGUCACCGCAGAUUUCAUUGCGCAAGUUGCCGAAAAACUCUCUUCUGGCGCGUUAGCGUGGAGUCGAAGGCAGCUUUAUAUGCUGCAUUGCUUAGGAAUUCUUUUGAACUGCCGAAUAAAUGAUCCUUGUAUGCACAUCAGAGAGAAAGAAGCUCUAGUAUCCAAUUUGGUAGCUGGUCUUCAAUUGCCAAGCGAUGAAAUCCGAGGAGAGAUUCUUUUUGUUCUGUAUAAACUAUCUAUUCAAGGAUAUGCAUCUAGAGAUGGUUUAGGAGCAAAUGUUCUUCAGGCCUUUUGUCCUAGUCUGUUGCGUUUGUCAAUGGAGGCACUUCUGAAAACCCAAAGAGAUGAUGUACGAUUGAAUGGAGUAGCUUUUCUAAUGCUCUUGGCACAAAUUGGAUUGUUUGGAUAUGGACAUGGAAAUGAUAUAAACAGCUUGAGUUCUGAUGAAGCAGACCACUUAAUGCAAACGAUAGAAGAUGGACUAGAUGAAUCCCCAUUAAGCGUAUUGUUUGCUGAGGCCAUCAAAGGCCCACUUCUUUCAUCUGACAGCCAAGUGCAAAUCAGCACAUUGGAUCUGAUUUUUCACUACUUGACGUGUGGAGAUGCUUUCUCCAAACAGAUUCAGAUUUUGAUAGAAGAAAAUAUUGUGGAUUAUGUGUUUGAGAUAUUAAGAUUGUCAGAAUGCAAGGAUCCCCUUGUCUACUCUUGUGUUAGGGUUCUUAAUCUCUUUCCCUGUACUGAGCAGUCUUUCAGACAAAGGCUUAUUAUUGGUUUCCAAACUCUGAUUCCGGUGCUUCGUUAUGUGGCUGAAGUUCCUUUCCAUCCUGCUCAAACAUUCACACUUAUGCUUAUACAAAACUGUGUUUCUGAUUGCCCUGGAAUAGCAUCAACCUCUAAUAUUGAAGAAUUAGCUCUUAUUUUGUCAAGGAUGCUUGAAAGGCAUAGAGAUGGGGAAAUUGGCAUGAUUCCAGAGACUUUCCUAUUGGUUUGUUCAAUCUUUGUAGCUCUUUUAAAAUUCCCUUCUUCUCAAGGGGCUUCAAAUCUUGCAGCAUUACUUCAAGAAUCAUUGAAACAUGCUGUUUUAGCUUGUCUGACUAUCUCUGAGAAAGAUCCAGGUCAACUCUUACAUUGUUUAUACCUUCUUAAAGAAGCAUAUUCAUACAGUCACGAAGCGUGCUCUGCAAACACAUCUAGCAACUUGGAACUGCGAACUUGUAUUGUGGACAUAUGUACCUCACAUAUAUUACCUUGGUUUUCCAUGGCUGUUAACGAACUUGAUGAGGAAACUGUCAUGGGGGUAUUCGAAACAUUCCAUUUUAUACUGAUUCAGAAUCCUGAUGUCCAAGCAACAGAACUAGCAAAAGUCCUACUUUCAUCCUCUUGGUUCUGUUUUUCAUUUGGAUGUCUCGGACUAUUUCCUGCUGAAAAGAUGAAAUGGAGAGUAUAUCUAAUGCUCAGUUCACUUGUGGAAGUUCUUUUGGGAAAUCAAGCUGGACAACCAAUUAGAGAUGCUGUUUUUUCUCUUCCAUCUGAUCCUAUUGAUUUGCUGUUUCUGCUUGGGCAGAAGAACUCCCAUGAUUUAGAUUUGUCUUCUUGCCAAGCUGCAGUUUUGUUGCUUUUGCAUUUCAGUUGCCUGCAUGAUGACUGGCUUGCAGAUGAGAGAUCGGUUUUAGCUUCUCUGGAGCAAUAUAUUCUUGUUAACAGUGGAGAUUUCCUCUCCGGGAGCAUUGAUUCCUUGACAAUGAUGCAAGUGUUGAAUCUUUACGGCCUAUGUAGAGGUCUUGCUAAGGCAAGCAAUCAAGUUUCUCACAGCCUGGAAGCUGAGAGGAUCUUGUUCCAUAUGCUGUGUCGAAGUGAAUGGGAUUUGCCUUCUGCAGUGAUUCAUCCAGUUGCAGUGACAUGGUUGUUCCAACAGGAGAAAAUCAGCAAACCAUUAUCAUGCCAACUUCUAAAAUUCUGCAGAAGAGAUUGCUCAGAUGGAAACAGAAUCCUCAUCCAUAGGGACAAUAAUCACACUAUAGAUGUAAGAGUAAUUGCAGACUUGGUAGCUAGGAGAGAUAACCAUGCUGCAAAGCUUUUGAUGUGUUUAUUGGUAGAGCUUGCUGAGGAAGGAGCCCAAAAUCAAGACAUUAUAGCAGUAGUAAAUCUUAUAUUAACAGUCAUUAACAUCUUUCCAACUGCCUCGGACCAACUAUGCUUGCAUGGAAUAGGCAAUGCAAUAUUAAUGGUAGUUUAUUACAAUUCAAGUCAUUCUUCUUCCUCAGAGUUACUUCUGGCCACCUUACUUCUGCUAUUUAACAUUCUAAGUACAGUGCACCAUGAAACACUUUCUGAUGGCGAAUCUUGGCUUGCAUUGUCUACAAAGUUGAUAGACUGCUUAAUUCCUGCAGUUAGAAAGUAUGGCUGGAAUCAUGAAGGUCUACUUUUAGUGGGAAUUCUCUCCUUGAUUUUGCAUAAUUCUUCUAGCCAUGCACUCAUUGAGGCUUCGAAAAGUAUAAUUUUCAAUGCUUCCUUGAUCUCUACCAUCAACAGCACAGUCCAGGUAGUCUCUUCAAAGGGACCUGCUCUAAUAGAGCAUGAUGAGGGAACAAGCUCUGGCGAAAACCUAAUAUUUUUACUUUUGUUAUACUACUUCACCUUAAGAUGCUUCCAUGCCGUUUUACCAGAGGUUCCAGACUGGGAAACUUUCCUCAAGUCGCCCGAUAUGGCACAACCAGUUUCCAUAAUCAAUAUUCACUUCCAUGAUUUGUGCAGGAUGAUACAUUUUGGGUCUCCAAUGGUCAAGCUUGUUGCUUCAUCUUGCCUGUUGGAGUUUCUUUCAGGAAUAUCAUAUCAGAAAAAAGGGAAACAUGUGGAGUCACAGUGCUUCACGGGUUACAUAAUGUCCAUAAUGACUGUAUUAGAAGGUCAGGUAUUUAACGAUGACAUUCGGGUAGCAAUGAACUGUUGCCUUUGCUUAUCAAUAAUUUUAGGGUGGGAAAAAGAACUAGAAAUGCAGGAAUCAAGAGUUGUGAGAAGUAGCUGGUAUAGACUAAUUGUGGAGGAAAUGGCUAUGUCUUUCGCAGUUCCAUGCUUAGCAUCAAAAUCAUUCAUCAAUUACCACAAACCUGCUGUUCAUCUUACUGUCGCAUUGCUAAAACUCGAGAAGAUUCCCGAGUGGAUCCGAACCGUGUUCGAUGACGUUUCCAUAUCUUGUAUAAUCGAAAACCUUAAAGUCAUGGAUGUUACCCCUGAGAUGGUGCUUUUAUUUCGAGCUCUACUAAACUCUGGAUUCUUGAAGGCAGAGCAUAUAGCCAGUCUUAAUCAUGUAUUCCAGGCAUGCAGAAAACGCAUGUACAACAACAGUAAAGAACAUACGACAGAUAAGAAUGAUCAGAAGAGUGUGACGUGGUCAGAUGAGGUGGGAGAAAUUUGUGAGUAUCUCAUUCACUUGAUGGUAUCUUCUUCAGACACAAAUUCUGGGAACAAAAGAUUGUUUCAAGAACUAGAAAUGUUUUUCCGCAGUUUAACAGAAGGAGGUAGUACAGCUCAACCAUAACGUAGUUAAAAAUAUUCUUUUAUUUUUAUUUUUUUUUUCGUUUUGAUUUUCUUGAUCUCUUGUCUGAGGUACUAAUAGCUAACAUAGAAUUAAGUGCUUGGCUUCAAAACUAUGCAAUAAAAUAGGUUACAUAUCAGAAGGAAA